UAUGCUGCUUCGAUGCGAUCGUUUAUCUAUUUAUCGCGGCUUUUGAUUAAAAUGUUAAUGUGAAAUCUCACUAAUUUACCUCAAUACAAAACUAUAACCGAACCUUUCAUUAUAUUACAACCAAAUAAAUAAAUUCUAACCUAAAACCAUGGAGGAGGAAACCCAAAAACCCGAAGAUGUCUCUGAAAAUGUGGAUUCGGCGCCUAAACCGGAGUUUAAAAAGCCAGUGCUGUUUGGCCGUGUUGGAAAACUUCCCCAAAAAGUUAAAAAUGAGGCUGAAAAAGCGAAAGGCGUCGAUACAAAGCCGAAAGAAGAUGACAAAAUGGAUAAGCCUAAAGAACGUGUUUCUGCUAAGAGUUCUUUACCACCAGCUCUGCUGCUCAAGGAAAUGUCUACACCGAUACCGUAUAAAGAACCCAAAUGGUCUGGGUUGUGUCCUGAUGGCACGGAGUAUGCCCUAGAAGUGCUGAAGUCGGGCAUGAUCCUGGAGCAGGUGAAGCUGACGCAGAAGCCGUACCUCGUGUUCGGGAGGCUCGCCAACUGCGAUGUCGUCAUGGCACAUCCUACUAUAUCUAGACACCACGCAGUCGUCCAAUACAAGGCGUUCGCAGAGGACGGAGAGCCUCCGUCCGGCUGGUACCUCUACGACCUCGGCUCCACACACGGCACCUUCCUGAACAAGGACAGAGUGAAGCCGCAGCACUACACGAGGGUUAGAGUGGGACACCAGAUCAAGUUUGGGACGAGCACGAGGACUUAUGUUAUGCUGGGCCCAGACUUCGACAGCGAAGGCGAAUCCGAGCUAUCCGUGACAGAGAUCAAACAGAGAUCCGUGGAGAUGAAGAAAGAGCGAGACAGAAUGAUCCAGGAGGCCAUAGAGCAGAGGGAGAAGGAUAGACUGGAGGAGGAGAGGAAGAGAGAGGAGCAAGGCAUUGAUUGGGGCAUGGGCGAGGACGCAGAAGAAGAGACGGACCUGUCGGAGAACCCGUUCGCAGCCACCAACAACGAGGAGCUGUACCUCGAGGACCCCAAGAAGACUUUGAGAGGAUAUUACGAAAGGGAAGGCCAUGAAUUGGUCUAUGACUGCGAAGAAAGAGGUGUUGGGCAGUACAUAUGCAGGGUAGAACUGCCAAUAGACGACGCUCGCGGCCGUCCCGUCAUGGCGGAAGUGGUCCACAAGGGGAAGAAGAAAGAGGCUGUGGUCGCUUGUGCCAUGGAGGCUUGCAGGAUCCUGGACAGGGCUGGGCUGUUGCGGCAGGCUAAACAUGAGUCCCGCCGCCGCAAGCAGCGCGACUACAGCGCCGACGACUACUACGACUCGGACGACGACGUGUUCCUCGACCGCACCGGCGCCGUCGAGCGGAAACGGGACUUGAGGAAACGGAAACACACGCAGGAGGAGAGGAAGGAAGAAGUGCCGCUGACUUAUGACGGGCUGUUACAACAGAUCACGGAAAUCGAGCAGAAAAUAGCCGUAGAAGAGAAAGGCCUAGACCGCCUGCGGGCACUAGGGAAACCUAAACAAGAGGAGGAGGUAGAAGGGGACAGUCUAGACAACUUCAUGUCUAGUCUGGGCAAGCAGGGACACAGUAUGGCGCAGAAAGCUGAGAUCUCUAGUACUAAGAUGAAGAUACAGAAGCUCAAAGCCGAACUCAGUAAAACCCAGAGACUGGCCGAGCUCGCUCGCCCGGCGCACCUGCCGCCGCUUAUCAAGAAAGAUGACAGCAAGAUGGCCGUCAAAGUGAAUAACUCGGUGGUUUAUGGGAAGCGAAUACGGCUAAAAGAAGACUCAGACAAGCGGCCAAAAGCAAAACAACCAACAAAACAAAAAGAGGACGAAUUCAUAGAAGAAGUGGACUCAGAAGAAGAAUCAGAACCUUCUAGAAGUGAACCAGAAGUAGACAGCAGUACGCAGAAAGCAGAAAAGAAAGAAGAUAGUAAAAAGACAGAAGUAAAAAGAAUGUUUGGUCCGAUGAGGCCACCUGAAGACUAUGUUGUACCUGAAGGGUAUUUUAAUCAGGAAUCUGAUAGAGACUUACCAGAAAUUAUGGAUGAUGAAACCUGAGAUGUUGUAGUAAAUAAACAGAAUCAAGUUAGUUUUUUAA